GGGCGACUGAGAGAUUGGCGAUCUAGAGGCUCCGAAGCGGGAGGCCUGAUUGAGCUGGGCUCGAGUGGAGCCUGGAGCAGCGGAUAUGUCUGGGACACGUCCAAGCGGCGGCGCCUCCAAGGGGAAUGGCGCGAUGAGCCUGAUGGGCAGAAUUCGAAUGAGCUGGACAGCGCUGUGAAGGAGCUGCAGGCAGCCCCCAGAGCCUUGAGAUGGCACCAAAAACCAAGAAGGGAUUGAAAGGUUCCAUCGAUGAUGUCCUUGGUGACCUCCUGGGAGAUGAGACGACACCGCCUGAGAAGCCUGUUAAACUAGCUUCACGUGCCAGAGACACCACAGGUGCAGCUCAGGCGCUCCCUCCCUCAAGGGCUAGAGCAAAGUCCCUCUUGGAAGAUGAUGCCUUCAGCACCAGGGCAGGCCUGGCAGGAGCUGAUGCUGAGGUUUCAGACAUCUCCGAUGCAGACCCGCAGGCUCUGCUCCAGGCCAUGAAGGAUCUGGAUGAAAUGGAUGCUGACCUCCUGGGUCUGAAGAAGUCUAAUCUAGCCUCAAGCAAAAGGUCUGCAAAGGGUUCUGGGAAAGAAGAGCAGCCUAGUCCUCAUAAACCUGCUGGUGUGUUAACAGCCAAUGAGAAACGAGAUGCCAUUCCCACCAAGAAGCUAUCUCCCUCUCCCACCAGCCUUGGGCAUCAGUACAGGAAGUUCUCCUUCGAAGACUUGGAAGACCCGUUGGCAGGACUUCUCUCUGAUGAUGAGGAAGGAAUCGCCAAGAAGCUGCCGGGGACGGAGAGUAAAACAGCUUCCGUAAAGAGCCCAGCCCCGGCCAGAGAUCAAGCCAGAAGGCUGUGGGCAUUGUGCCCUGUGUUCUGUCCCUUAGCGCCCUCUAUCACUCUAACUCCUGGGAACACUCCAGUCCGAAAGAAAGAAGAGUUGCUCUUUGACGAUGGGGACGACAUCAUGGCCACCCUGGGGUUUGGAGACAGCCCCAAAGCGGAGAGGAGGCACACGGGAGACCAGGAAGGGCCCCUCCCUGCCCGCUCCAAGCUGGAUGAGCUGCUGGGUCGGGGCACUGCCGCCAAACUCCUGGCCCGUCCGGGCACCAGGGAGCAUGGGGAAUUCAAGCUGGACAAGAAGUAUCAGCGGCCACAGGACAAAGAAGACCCCGGGGGUGACGAGGACUUCACCUUUGGGGCCUAUCAGCCCACCGUGGGCUCCUCCGAGGGCCGGCAGUCCCGCCGGCAGUCUGUCAGUAGGUUCUUUGAAGGCGGCACAGACCCCAAGGGAGAACCAGGCUCCAGACAGAGCACCCCAGCAGCAUCCAGCCCUACCCAGCCCAGGAGGGGAGGUGCUGACUGGCUGGGCCUCAAGGACGAAGGCCUGGACCUGCUCCCUUCCUCCCCGACCAGGGAGGCUCGGAGGGGCCCCCCUCCCGCCAGCCACCACUCUGCCCCGGCCGGGCUGCCCUCCCUGGGGGCACAACCACCAACCGAGGGUACCGGUUCUCCUGCCGAAGGCAGCCAGCCUUCCCAGCCAGGAGCGUCUGGGAAGAAGGAGGAGGACUGGCUGAGCCAUGCCCUGUCUCGGAAGAAGUCCCAAGGUCUGUCCGGAGAGGAGCACGACGCAGCCUGUAAGGGCCAGCACUUGGUAGGGGCGCUGCCUUCCGACAGCCAGCCUGCUGCCGGCACCCAAGGGCUCGAGCCAGCAGCCGCCGGGGGGACCCCAGGCACGGCAGCACAGAGGCCGCCUGCCCGGCCUGCCACCUCAGGGUCCCCCGUGACUUGGAAGCCCGCUGCCUCGGCCCUCCACGCGGGUGACCCAAAGAGGGGAGCAGCCCCUGGAGAUUGCUCCGGCACUGAGCCUGCAAUUGGUUUCCCAAGCUCCCAGGAAGCCCCAGGGCUCUCUGUGCCUGUCCAGUCCCUGCUCCCAGAGUCCCUGGCCUGGAGCCUGCUGCCCGGCUCCGAGUACCAGCAGCAGCUCCUGGCGGCACAGGCUCAGCUUCAGAGGGGCACUGCCGAGCUCCAGGCCGACCUCCUGCAGAGCCAGGCCCGGCUGGCGGAGCUCGAGGCCCAGGUGCGGAAGCUCGAGCUGGAGCGGACGCAGCACCUGCUGCUGCUGGAAAGUUUGCAGCAGAGGCACCAGGCAGACCUGGAGCUCAUCGACAGCGCCCACAGGAGCCGAGUCAAGGUGCUAGAAACAUCGUACCAGCAACGGGAAGAGCGUCUGCGGAGAGAGAACGAGGAGCUGUGUGCCCAGUAUCUGUCGCGCUGCCAGGAGGCUGAGCAGGCCCGCGCCGAGCUCACAGCCCAGCACCAGCGGCGCUUGGCGGCCACCGUGCAGGAGAAGGACCAGGAGAUGGAGCGGCUCCGGGAGCUGCAGCGGGCCUCCAUCCUGGAGAUGCGCAAGGACCACGAGGAGCAGCUGCAGCGGCUGAAGCUGCUGAAGGACCGGGAGAUCGACGCCGUCACCAGCGCCACCUCCCAUACGCGGUCCCUGAAUGGCAUCAUCGAGCAGAUGGAGAAGUUCUCCAGCAGCCUGCACGAGCUGUCCUCCCGCGUGGAGGCCUCGCACCUCAGCACUGCCCAGGAGCGGGAGCUGGGGAUCCGGCAGCGAGACGAGCAGCUCCGAGCGCUGCAGGAGAGGCUGAGCCGGCAGCAGCGGGACAUGGAGGAGGAGCGGGGCCGGCUGCAGGAGGUCAUCGGGAAGAUGGAGGCGCGCCUGGGCGAGCAGAGCCGGCUGCUGGAGCAGGAACGCUGGCGGGUGAACGCCGAGCAGUCCAAGGCCGAGUCCGCGCAGCGCGCUCUGGAGGAGCAGAGGAAGGUGGUGGCCCAGCAGAUGGCCAUGGAGCGGGAGGAGAUGGAGAGGGCCAGGAGUGCCCUGCUGGAGGAGCAGAAGUCCGUCAUGCACAAAUGUGGGGAGGAGCGGCGGCGCCUGGCGGCCGAGUGGGCCGAGUUCUGUGCACAGCAGAAGCUGAGUAAGGAGCGGGCCGAGCGUGCGGUGGAGCGGGCGCUGCAGGUGGACACCCAGCGGGAGGGCACCCUCGUCAGCCUGGCCAAGGAACAGGCAGAGCUGAAGCUCAGGGCAAGUGAGCUCCGGGCCAAAGAGGACCAGCUGGCGGCCGAGAGGGAGGCUCUGGAACGGGAGCGCCGGGAGCUGCGGCUGGAGAAGGAGAGGGUCAGCGCCGCCGCCCAGCGCAUCAGGCUGCGCGCUGAGGAGGUGGAGAGCAUGAGCCAGGUGGCCUCGCAGAAGUACGAGGAGGGGGAGCGGGCCCUGCGCGAGGCCCGGCAGGUGCAGGCGGAGCAGCAGGCCCGGCUGCAGCUGGUGCAGCGGCAGCAGGAGCAGCUGCGGCAGCAGGAGCGGCACGUGCACCAGGAGAAUCUGAGUCUGGCCCAGCAGCGGCUGCAGCUGGAUCGUAUCCGACAGGACCUGCCCUCCGGGCCCGUGGGGCUGCUCUCCAGGGCCCAGGGCUCGGCAGCCUCUGGUCUGAGUGCCAUCAUGGCUCCUGUCCCCCCGGCUCCUCAGUGCAGCCAGCUGCCAGCCAGCCUGGGCCCCUCGCACCUCUACGCCAAGCUGGUGCUGCUGAAACACACAGCUGAGCAGGACCGUGACUUCCUGGAGAACGAGCAGUUCUUCCUGGAGACCCUGAAGAAAGCCUCCUACAACGUGACGUCGCAUUCAGCCUGAAGGCCCCACUGCCUCCUCAGCAGAGGCCUGACUCUAGAACCGGCCCACUGCCCACUGGCCUCCAGCGCCGAGCAGGGGGGCCAGGGAGGGCCCUGCAAUGCCCAGGGCCUGACUACAGCUCUUCCUGUGGACAGGGUGCCGGCGCGUUCUUUCCGACCUCCGGCCCGUGCGGAGGCAGGCAGGCGCCCCCGUGCCUCUCAGGCUCCCCAGGAGGCAGCAGCCUCUGGGGACACGCGAGGCUGAGGACAUCUCAGCCCCACGACACCGUCAGCGCCGGCGUCGGUGCUCCAGCCCCGCAGACGUCCGGCUCAGGGCCCAGCGUCUGACUGGGCUCUGUGGGCCCCUCGGCCCCUCAGCCCAUCGAUGGUCUGGGGAUCUUUUCGCCUGGGCCUCUUCUGAGGCGGGGGGUCUUCUCGACUCCCUUGCCACGAGGAGUCUGCUGCCCUCCCGGCCUGAGAGGCCAGCAGAGGGAGCGCCGGGUCUCCUCCCUGAUGGGGACAUAGAGUCAGGCCGCAAAUUUUCAAGAGCCUUCGAGCCUCCUGGCCACGGGAGUGGGAGGUGCUGCAGGGGCAGGAAGGGCGCUGGGCCCGGAGGCUUUUACCUCGCAGGCUGGCCUGCCCUUGGGACUCAGCCAGCCCGUCCUGCCGCCAAGCUGGCAUGCAAAGCCCCCGCCUUGUUCCCAGCUGCCGCGGCAGCGGACUCACCAGCACAGACGCUGGCCUCAUCGGCGUCUUCUAAUGCGCUCCGCAGAGGCAGAGGGGGCUGCGGGUGACAGUGAGGUGUGGGGAGGGACAGAAGGCUUUUCUCCAUGCUGUUCACUUGCCACAAAACCCCGGCCAGUGGGAACAAAGAUGACAGAGCAAGAGCCCCUGCCUUGGAGGAUACAGAGCGCCGAGGACCAUGAGGGGCCGCACCCCGGCUGCUGUCCCAGGUGGGGGGCUCCGCCCUUCUCCACGUGUGGGCAGAGGGCCAAGGCCGGCCAGAGGGGUGCCAGGAGAGGGGUGGGAGGAUUGGUAGUUGUCUCCUGCAGACCCAAGGACUCAACUAAUAAAAUCACAAUCAACCUCUA